AUGGCCGCCAGAAUCACGGGCCAGGUCCCGACAAUGCUUGCCCGCCGGCAGCCGAAGAUUUCCUAUGUCUCUAGACGCCUCGCAUCUUCCUCCGUCCCUCAAUUCCAAAACCCCGCCUAUCCUCUCUACCCCUCCGUCACACAACUCUUGCACCAGAAGGGCAUUCCCGACUCCGAAGUAUCCAAGAUCCCCGCCUCCGGACCCAAGGGCCGGCUCCUGAAGGGCGACGUCCUCGCCUACCUCGGCCAGAUCGCCAAUGACUACCCCUCGACGCAAGCCGCGAACCUCGCGAAGCUCACGCACCUGGACCUGAGCAACAUCAAAAUCGCCGCUCCGGCCCCGGCCCCGAAACCGGAGAAGAAAGAAGAGGUUCUCGCCAAGCCGCCGCCCAUGGCUUCAGUCGCGCUGUCGGUUUCGUUGUCUGCCGUGCUGUCCGCUCAGAAGAAGAUCCAGGAGAGUCUGGGGGUGACGGUCCCGCUAUCCCGGUUCCUGGCUAUCGCGACGGACCUAGCGAACGAUGACCUCCCGCGCUCGUCGAGCGAGAAGCCCUCAGCCGAUGAGCUGUUCGAUGAGAUCCUCGGCGCAGAGCCAAUUCACACAUCACGCGGCGACUACAUCCCCGACUUGAACGCCGUCGAGGCGCCCGAGACUGUGCGCCAGCCAGCACCGGCGCAAGAGGAUAUCAUUGAUUUCCUGAGCGGUAAGACGCGAACUCAGACCACCCGGUCCUUUGUCGACGCGCCAUCCGGCUCCGCGAUUAAUGUGUUCAGUCUGACCGUCCCCGCUACGGAGGAGCUGCGCGCCAAGGUCUUCCUGGAGCGGAUCCAGACUCUGUUGCAGGUUGAGCCUGCACGGCUGGUUCUAUAA